AUGAACACAGCUCCUGAUGGCCUGCAUCCAUGACACCCGCGCCCCGUCGCCCUCCCUGUCCGGCUUCAGCACCCCCAUCUCGGAGCCCCCUUUCCGACGGCUGGACGCCGAGACGCCCGCCUGCACCCCGGAGACCGACCUCACGCCCACGCAGUGCGUCCUGCGCAACGUGCUCUCCAUCGACACCGGCGCGCCACCAGAACCCGGCGGGGGCGGAGGGGGUGGAGGCGGCGGCGGCGGUACCGGACACAGCCCGACGCCCAGCGACGAGCCGCCCGAGCACUUUGCCAACAGCGUGCUGAAGCUCCACGAGCACGACCACGGCUGCCCCGGCGCCGCCGGCGCGGAGGGCCAGCGCUGCACUCAUGGCGACGACAUCCGGCUCCAGUGCCAGUCCGGCGGAGGAGGAGGCUUCCUGGAGGGACUGUUUGGAUGCCUGAAGCCUGUGUGGACUAUGAUUGGCAAAGCCUACUCCACGGAGCACAAACACAACUACGAAGCGCUCUGGGAGGUUCCGUUCGAGGAGAUCUCGGACCUGCAGUGGGUGGGAAGUGGGGCCCAAGGAGCCGUCUUCCUGGGGAAGUUCCACGGAGAGGAGGUGGCUGUGAAGAAAGUGAGGGACAUCAAGGAGACCGACAUCAAGCACCUGCGCAAACUCAAACACCCCAACAUCAUUACCUUCAAGGGCAUCUGCACUCAAGCUCCAUGCUACUGCAUCAUCAUGGAGUACUGCGCCCAGGGGCAGCUGUACGAGGUGCUGCGGGCGGGCAGGAAGAUCACCCCCUCCCUACUGGUGGACUGGGCCAUGGGCAUCGCUGGGGGCAUGAACUACCUGCACCUCCACAAGAUCAUCCACAGAGACCUCAAAUCACCCAAUAUGCUGAUCACAUAUGACGACCUGGUGAAGAUCUCAGACUUUGGAACCUCGAAGGAGCUGAGUGACAAGAGUACCAAGAUGUCUUUCGCUGGUACGGUGGCCUGGAUGGCACCAGAGGUCAUACGAAAUGAGCCAGUCUCGGAGAAAGUAGAUAUAUGGUCAUUUGGCGUGGUUCUGUGGGAGAUGCUGACGGGAGAGGUUCCAUAUAAAGACGUGGACUCCUCUGCCAUCAUCUGGGGUGUGGGCAACAACAGCCUGCAACUGCCAGUUCCUGAGAGCUGCCCGGACGGCUUUAAGAUUCUCCUCAAACAGUGCUGGAACUGCAAGCCACGAAACAGACCUUCCUUCCGGCAAAUUCUGCUCCAUUUGGAUAUAGCCUCCGCCGACGUCUUGUCCACUCCACAGGAGACAUACUUCAAAUCACAGGCGGAGUGGAGGGAGGAGGUGAAGCAGCACUUUGAGAAGAUCAAGUCGGAGGGGACAUGUCUGCACCGAUUGGAUGAGGAGCUCAUCAUCCGGCGUCGAGAAGAGCUCAGGCAUGCCCUGGACAUCCGUGAGCACUACGAGCGGAAGCUGGAGCGCGCCAACAACCUGUACAUGGAGCUGAGCGCCGUCAUGCUGCAGCUGGAACUCAAAGAGAAGGAACUCCUCAGGAGGGAGCAGUCGUUGGAUAAGAAGUACCCGGGUCUCUUCAAGCACCACAGCAGCAGACAGAGCGGCUCCUCCAACUCCAUGGAGAAGCUCAUUAAGAAGCGCAACGUGCCUCAGAAGCUCCCCUCCCACAGCAAGAGGCCAGACCUGCUGAAGUCCGAGGUGAUCCUGCCCAAGCUGGACUCGUCCAUGACGCAGGUGACCAUCCCCUCCUGCCCCAACAAAGGCUCCACCUCGCCCGGCCGCUCCCGCCGCGGGAAGCCCCGCUACCGGAAGGCGGGCAAGGGCAGCAGCGGGGACCUGGCGGGCCUGAAGGCCACGCUGUCCACGUCCCUCCGCGACACCUUCAACACGGCCUCCACCGGCGGCGGCGGAGGUGGUGGUGGUGGUGGAGGUGGAGGUGGUGGCAACAACACCAGCUCCCCGAUCAGCAGCAAGCAGCACCUGGACCCCAGCGCGGCCCUGCGCGGCCUCCAGCACGACCUGCUGCUGAAGAAGAUGUCCUCGUCCAGCCCCGACCUCAUCUCCACCACGCUGGAGGCCGAGGGCAGGGGGCGAGGGCGCGAGGAGGCCGGCGACGGCCGGGCGCUGCCCGAGCUGGACCAGGGCGGCAUGGGCGCCUUGGGCGGGCUGGGCGGCGACGGCGCCGACCCCGGCGUGGGCACGGACGACCUGACGGAGACGCCGCCGCGGAGCGACACGCCCAGCGAGGACGCCAACUCCAUCCCGUUCUCCAGCAGCCCCGACUCGCCGUGCGGGAGGGGCGCGGCGGCCGGGCGCGGCUCGGGCCUGGGCUCGCCGCGGCUACAGGACGGCGAGGACAAGGAGGAGGCCGCGGGCAUGAUCCGCUCGCCCCGCGGGGGCACCUCACACCUCACCCCGGCCGCCAUACUGUACAGGGCCGCCGUCACACGCAAGCAGAGACGAGGAGUGUCCUCAGAAGAGGAGGAGGGGGAGGUAGAUAGCGAAGUGGAGUUGCCAAGGAGACGGCGGCCGGUGAGCAUGACAAAGUGUCAGUCCGUGUCGACCUUCAGCUCGGAGAACCUGUCCGUGUCGGACGGCGAGGAGGGCAACACCAGCGACCACUCGCACAGCGGCACGCCCGACGUGGUCAGCACCAACACGGACGAGAGGCUGGACGACAAGAGCGACGACCUGCUCUCCCAGGGGUCCGAGAUCCCCGCCGACCCGGCCGACCCCUCCGACCCCGCCGACGCCGUGGACCCUGGCCAGGGCUCGGACGGGCUGUCCGAGAAGGAGGCGGCCCUCAGGCACGUCCGGACGCAGCUCAACUGCUACGAGAACCAGGCUCUCUAUGACGACUCGGACUGUGACAGCGCUGAGCUGGACCACUCGGGCAGCGCCGAGCCCAGCGGCAGCAGAGUGCCCAGCACCUGGGAGGAGCCGCAGGCCUGAGGCGCCCUGGACACGACGCAGGACGGGGGGAUGGAGAUGGACACGCUCCUGCAAAGCC